UAUCUAUAGAUAGAUAGGUCAUAGAGGUAUGUGAAUAGAUAUAUCUUGGGUGAUUUUGUGACUCGGUUGCAAUUUUCGGCAUUUUCGUAAUAUAAAAUUAGUGAUAAUGGACGAAGAAGGUGAAAGUAUUUUACUAGAAGAUAAUUACUAUCAGUUACUUAAUGUAUCUAAAACGGCUACUCCGGAAGAGAUAAACAGUGCGUACCGUCGCUUCUCACGCAUCUUUCACCCAGAUAAGCACAGCACAGAUCCCAACAAGCAGAAAUGGGCUGAACAAAUAUUCAACAAAGUGAAGGAGGCCUAUGAAGUGCUCUCAGAUUCACACAAAAGGGCAAUUUAUGAUACCCUUGGAAAAAGAGGAUUAGAAGUAGAUGGGUGGGAAGUGAUAUUCCGGACCCGUACACCACGGGAGAUUAGAGAGGAAUAUGAAAGACUAAAGAGGGAACGAGAAGAGAGAAGGUUGCAACAGAGCGCAAACCCAAGAGGCACCAUAACACUUUCUAUCAAUGCAACAGAUAUGUUCAUGAAGUAUUAUGAUGAAUAUGACAUUUUGGAAGAUUCAGCCAUAAUUCCUAGUAUCGAAGUGUCUGGUAUGACAAUCCAGCAGUCUAUAGACGCUCCGGUCACAUUGAGGAACACUGUCACUUUAUCAGGGAACAUUUCUACACAGAAUGGCACAGGUAUAGGUUCACUAACUAUGUCCAACAGACAUCUAACCUCCGAAAGAGGAUGGACUGAGCUGGAAUGUGGAAUAGGAAAUGGCCCGGUCUUUGGGUUCAAGAUAUUCAGGACCAUAUCUAGGCUUAUGUUUGUUAACUGCGGAACUGGAUUGCAGUUUACUUCUAGAGGGAUUGUACCUACUUUUGUAUCAACAAUGGCCUUACAACUAGAUGCUCACUCAGUGGGUUACUUGACAUACAGAGCGGGAGGCCAAGGAGGUUCCUCUAUGACUUCUACAUAUGUGAGGGAUUCGGAGAAAUACCAUUUGAAUACUGCAGUACAAAUAGGAAACCCUCAUUCCUUCAUAUCAUUUAAUUUUAUGAGGAAGUUGCCACAGCAUGACUUGAAGUUACGUCUGGCUCUAAAAUUCGGCACUUUCGGCGCGAUCGCCGAGUACGGGGCAGAAAAAAAGGUGUCUCAAAACAGCAGUGUGUCGGCAGCAGUCAUGCUUGGCAUACCCAGCGGGGUUAUGCUCAAACUUAAAUGGUCAUGUUCUUCACAAACCGUAGUGCUGCCAAUACACCUGUGCGAGGAGGUUAUCCCCGCGCCGGUGUUCUAUGCCACCGUGGUGCCCAUGGUGUCGUGGCUGAUACUGAAGAAGGCCGUACUGGACCCCAUCGCGCGCGAGCGGCGCGAGAGGGAGCGCCAGAGGUCUAUGGAGGCCAACUUUGAAAGGCUACAAGAAAUGCAGAGGCAAGCUAGAGCAACCAUCGAGCUCAUGAGGGAAACAUAUUCUAGAAUAAGAAGCGACGAAGAAAAGAAGAAAGGACUGGUCAUCAUUAGAGCGCUGUACGGAAAGUUGCCUGCAGGUGCAACAGCUCACGAAAUAAGCUCGGAGCAGGCAGGCGACGCUGCGUCUCCAGACAGCCCACUUCCUUAUGCUGAUGUGAUAGAUGUUACAAUACCAAUACAGUGCCUCAUCAAAGACUCACGGCUCGAACUUUUGGAAGCUAGCAAGUCGGAGCUGCCGGGUUUCUACGACCCGUGCGUGGGCGACGACAAGCACCUCACAGUCAAGUACUUCUUCCACAGCAACCUCCAUUGCUGUACCGUGUCUGACUCACAGGCUUUAGUACUGCCACGCAACAAUCAUCGAAUAAAGAAUAGAUCCUGAAGGCUAAAGUCGAGGCGCAAAUAAGCUCAGGCGGCGCCGUUUACACGUUACAGUGUAACAAACACAUGAAUACACACGUUAAACUUAUAUCUGCAAUAGGGAUCAUGACUACUAGUCAAAUCAGCCACUUUUUAUCAGACGUCAAAUGCUCGCUUAGCAUGGGAGCUUGUAUGAAAUACACAAAUGUGACAUCAUAAAUAUUGGACUAACUUGAUGUACCUUUUUAGUUAAAUCGAUCAUUUAAAAUUGUUAGCGAAUUUCAAACUAACAACGGAUGUAAAUUUUACGAAUUUUGCAAGACCUCCUAUGUAAUAAUUCCUAAGAAAUAAUUUAUUAUUGACAUUUAUUAUUUAUCGUCCUAAUUGCAAAUGUUGACACUGGCAGGCGUCAAACGUGAACCUACAUUUGACGCUAGGUAUGAAACGACUAGGUAUCUUUUAUUUCACAUCACCCCUAGUCUAACAUUUGACAGAUGUCGAUUCAGGAUCAAAACUUAGAGUUUCUUCACUCUGACCGUAGCUGACCGACUCUGGGGCCGUACUUACUUUUGUGCAGCUUUUGUGUUUUAAUCAAUAUAAAAAUUAUGUCAUUGGUUGAAAAAAAAUGAUUAACAUUCCAAUGUUUGGGAAAGGGUAGCGAAGAAAUAAGAUAAAUUAUGUGUGAAUUUUUUCUUAUACGUUUAAUAACCAGAUUAUGGUAUUUGAUUUCUUGUCAGUCGACAAAGAUUUCGAAAAAUGUAUUUGACACAGAUAGGCGCAUGUUCCCUAAAAUAUGUUUAACUAAUACGCACAAUAAUCAUUCUGUACUUAAUCAAGUAAAUUCAGUCUGGGAGGAAUGAACCAACAAUCGAAUGCUAGUGCGCAAUUGAUUUAGAUAUUCGAUUUAUUCGUUCCAGACCGUGCGCUCCGCCUU